CCGCUUACUUUAACGACGACAGUAUUUUAUACACCGCCUUUGAUACACCGCCUUCCAUACACCGCCUUUCAUACACCGCCUUUGAACACUCCGAAACCAUGGCUAUUCUUUCCGGAUGCCCAGGUGUAGAGGUCUGCGUACAGUCAGUCGACGAUGGAGGAGCCCAAGAUUUGCAAGAGUAUGACGAUGAUGGAGGCUGGACAUAUCGAAAAUACAGCCAUCUGCCUGAAGGGCAGCGCAUCUCGAAAUACGUGGAAAGCAAGGCCGGCGCACAGUUUCGCAUUCGAAUCAUCUUGAAGAAUCCUUUCAGGUUGACAAGCCAAAGCGUUACCUUCAAAGCGAGUGUUGACGGUCACGGAAUUGCCCAAGCCUCGUGCACUGCCGACUAUUUCUAUCGUGCUUCGGGGUACUAUAUGGAGUUGAUUACGGCGAGACUCGAUAGGAUCAGUGGGACUGAGAUUACCAGUCGGCCGUUGAAAUUCAACAACUUGAAGAAAGUCGACGAUACCGACUCUACACGAGUGAGGCAAGAUUCGAGAGCGGUCAUCGGUAUUGGAGAGAUUGUUAUUUCUGUGUUCCGAACUCUUCAAAGAGAUCCUAUCCUACCACCACCACUCUAUAGAUCCACAGUAUACAACCCAAUCGAAGAAGUCGCAGAGAAAGCUUUGAAAGGCAAAGCUAUAUCACAUGGAGUCGCAUAUGGAGAGCAACAGAUUGUGACUCGACAUAUCAAGGAGACAGUUGAUGUGGAUGGAUAUAACAACCCUCUGGGUGUAUUUAUAUUCAAAUACCGAUCGAUGGAGGACCUAAAAAUCGAGUUGAUCAUCCCACGUUCGCCAUCUCCACAGCCAGCCAUCGCACCUCUCAAUCUCAGGGGAAAUCUACCCGCAGCUCGACGAGAACGUCUAGCCAACCUCAAGCGGGAAAUCGAAGAAAUCAAAGCCGAAGAAGAAGAUAGCCAACCCAGCGGAAGCAAACGCAGACGAACCGGUGCAGCUGGGAGCAGCGGCAGAGCCUACAAGACAUCAUGGACCGCUACGGGCCAGGUGGUCGUUGAUCUUACCGAUGAUUGAUUGAUCUCGAAUUUCACUUUUUCUGUUUUUCUUACCUGCGUUGCUUUGGAGUACAGCGAUGGCGUUCCUUUUCUUCUUUACUUGUUUACCAUAUCAUGAAUCUCAGCAAGGCGUCUGGAUGGAUGGAAAGGGGGGUGCAUUUGCGACGAUUUCUUACCAUGACUAGAUACCCGAUUCACUUUGCAGAUCAUUCGAAAUAUAACGUUGCUUUCCGU